AUGGACGGUGAGACGAUUACCUUCGAAAUCAUUCGAUCAAACGAUGGCACUCACGUAAUAAAAGAUUCUUUUGAUGUCGAUGUGUUGGAAGAUGAGCGAUCGUUGGAUUUAACCCGAUGUCGAAUCUCAAAGAUUCCUAACAUUCCUUCACUGCCACAGCUUGAUUCUCUUUGUCUGCGAUGGAAUCUUUUAAAGAAGAUCGAAGGCCUUAACGAGCUUACGUCUCUUACGAAGCUCUCUUUGUAUGACAAUCAAAUUGAGAAGAUUGGGGGCUUGGAAACAUUAACGAAUCUCCGCUUGUUGGAUCUCUCGUUUAACCGAAUCACAAAAAUUGGAGGUUUAUCUACAUUAACACGUUUGGAAACUCUUUACCUUGUCAACAACAAGCUCACAAAAAUUGAAGGAUUGGAUACGAUUCGUGUCAUUGAAGGUCUGGAACCACUUGGUGAAUCACUGAAGACUCUUUCUCUUCCUGGAAAUGCUCUCACUGAAAUCACGGGUCUGAACGAGUUGCACAAUCUUCAGGAAUUGAGCCUCGCCCAGAAUGGGAUCUCUCAAAUUAAAGGACUCGAAAUAUUGGAGAAGCUGAAGUGCCUCGACUUGAAUGAAAAUCGCAUCGAAUGCAUUGAGAAUGUUGGCCAUCUUCACUCGCUUAGUCGAUUUUGGAUUCGUGCAAACAAGCUCACUUCAUGGGAUGAAUUGUCAAUUCUUGCCACUCUUCCAUCACUUCAAUCGGUUGCUUUUGAGAUGAAUGGGAAUAUCUACUCGAAUACGCAGAAAUAUCGAAACCGUGUAGCUCAAACGUUGCCUCAGAUUAAAGAAAUUGACGGUUUUCCGACGAAAUGGCGUACAGGCGAUCCGUGGCAAGAGUUGAGCGAUGAAGAAGCCGAUGAUGGUGAUGAUGUGGUUGAGGAGGAGACAUUGAGCACCGAAUGGGAAGAGAGUCACACGCAAGAUUCGGAAGAGGAGUACUAUCGGGAGAAGAGUCAAUUCGAGGAUAACAGUCUCAUCAUUGAUUUCGACCGUGACGUCACCGAUCUCGAGAAGAAUGAGUCAAAGAAAAGA